AUUCAUUUCCGACGACUUGUUUUUUUUGUGAUCGCCAAAGAUUUAUUAUUAAUCAUUAUUAACGUGAAACUUAUAUUGUGACGUUGCACAGUUGUUGCGUCAUGCACCCUUCCAGAAAACUCUUGAGCCGGAUGUUCCGAUUGACGCAAUCCUUACUCCUAUACUGGCGGCCAUUUUCGAUCGGUUGGUUACUUGCUGACAUUCUUUGACUUUUCACCAACAGUGUUAGACGGUUAAGAAAUGAAUCAACUAACCUAACCCAACGUAUACAAGGACACUAAAUUAAUUCGCCAAUGGCAAACGUCUACAACAUUCCCGAUUUGGCGAUUGGAUUCAUGGAGAUUGGAGAUAAGAUUGCUGGUCUAGUGACGUUUUGUAUUUCUUUUCUGCGUUACCUUUGCUACACUGCCAAUUGCAGACUCCUUUACCACUUCUUAAAGAUCAACUUUUUUUGGAAAUGAUGAAACUCCUAUUUUGGAGGCCCACAUUAAACAACACGUUGGGACAUGUCGCACUCAAAACGGACAGAUAUUACGUCGGCUUUAGGCCGACAAAGGGAAAUUUACCGGGUGGCAGUCAAAUUAAAAAACGCAUUCCUGUCUCGCAAAUCAUGGAAGGUAAUAUGAAAGGAUGUCUCGCCUUACAUCAAAGUAUCGAUCGGAAUUGCGAAAGAGGCUGUGACCCCAUCGAAUAUGAAAUCGUCAUCGAGGAAGCCAGUAAUAACGAAGAUGUCAAUUCAGUCGUUGAAGAAUUUCUGCGUUACAACGGGAUCAAUCCGGAAGAUGUGACAAUCGAAAGAGUUGAGGAACUCUGCAAGAAGAGAAAAGAGUACAAGCUAUUGCCACCGGAAGAAGCUCAGAACGUUGAAGAACCAGAAAUACCAAUAAAAUUGCUGCCUAAAACCGAAUACUCGUACAAUUUGAUUGAGUUGAUGAGUGGCAAAACGGAGGAUGCAGAGUCUUUCUACCACCGACAGCAAAGUUGCGUCUCUCUCGUAUUCAACGUCAUCCAAAUGGUUUGGCUGAGAAGUCAUCCGGACAACCAACCCAGUCCCAUGUCGAAUCCCGUUGAAUUGAUUACAGAUUUGCCAUUUCAAGUGUUUUAUAAAGUGCCGUGGUUGGAAAAAGUGGUCAAAAAACAUUUGACGUCCAGGAUUGUUGCCAGCAGCAGUGCGACGAUGGAAUGGGUUGAUACAGACGUGCUGGGGACGAUGAGUAAUACGGAAAUGCCGACUGUUUACAUUUGGUAUCCCGACAAAAAUAACCGAUACGGUCACGCCGCUCUGCAGACGGACAAGUAUCACAUCAGUUUCUGGUCGGAACAAGAUGUCAAAGACUGCGGCAAAGGAACGGCAGCUACGGUGGGAAUACCUGGAUCUCUCGUUAUCCAUCAAAAACGGGACAUGGAACUCGAAGGAAAUCGGCUACCCACUGCGACCUACCAAAUCGUCACGGUCACCAAUGAAGCCAUCAAUCGAAUCCACGAAGAGUUUAUUGAUAUUGAUACAACGACAUCAAUCCGGCGGAUGUGACUAUGGAAGCGGCCGAAAAACUCCUCGACGAAGAGAAAACAGAUGUGCCUGUUGGUAAAACCCCCUAUACCUAUUUGGCCGAUAUUCGGGGUCAAAUUUCUGUGUUUGAUCUGGUACAACCAGCUAACCUCAUAAACACUGGAAAACCGCCGUGGUAUCAUUCGAAACAAAGUUGUCUGUCGUUUUGUUACCACAUGAUCCAAAAUGCUGAUCCCCAAUCGCAAGGAAUUAUUGCGAGACUUUAUCAUUUCGCGACCCUCCAAGUACUAGACAAUUUCACCGUGCCCUGGUUUGAAAGCCACGUCAAAAAGUAUUGGAUAAGAAAUAGCUUGUUACAUACAUUCAACAUCGGAGACAAUUCAGUCACGAGAUCCACACGUUAUUGGGUGGUGGAUAAAUGGACCAGCAGCAGCAGCUCACAUCAAUCACAUGAAGAGAUUGGAAGAUUCCGCCAGAUUUUCCGAAAGAUGAAACAACACAAGUUGCUUUCGUUCCUUUGUCUGAGUGGACUUAUCGCCUUUUUUUAUUUUAUAGAUGAACACUAUUACCCUAUAGGAACCAGUCUGAUUUUUAAAAGUUUUCUACCAUUCCUCCCGUUCUUCUUUCUCUAUUUCCCUGUCAAUUAAGUUAAAUGUAGGAAAGGAAAAAAACGGUCAAAAUUUAAGGUCACAGAAAUAGUAGACAGUUUCUUGAAUGCUUAUCAUUUAUUCUUAAACUUGCCGAGUCACGGAGUCAGUUCAUUUACAUGGCAGCCGUCAAGACGCCGCUCAAGAGAAAACGUGAGAGAAUAACGUGGAUCAGCGCCAAGAUGGAGUCACCAGAGAGGAAGAUCCUGUCGUUUCUAUUUCGAUCCGUCGUAAAAAAGAGACUUGGUGGUGCAGAAUCUGUCAAGCAGAUGGCACAAGUUCUUAUUCAACUUGUUCACAUUCGACGCUCUUCAAAGCCAAUUAACUUUGCACUGUAAGAAACUGAAAUAAGUUCUAACAUCUUUAACCGACGUAUCGAUAGCAAACAAGAAAAUGUCUAUUGACAGUUGAAAUGUUCGAUUUUAGUCAAUAUUAUGGGCUUCAUGUUAUCUGAAUACAGCAAGUUAAAAUUA